GAGAGGCCAUAGGUGUCUGGCAUGGGCCUCCCCAUCGUGCCUGACCUGCUGCUGCCACUGGGAGGCUCAUCCUCACCCUGGCCAGAGGUCCCCGUAAAGCUUCCUUCAAAGCUGUCUGGGUCUGGCGUCCUCCAGUGCUUCAUCCUGACUCUGUCUCUGCCGGUUGACUCUGCCUCAAGCGCCCUGGAUGGGAUCCAAAGUGCCAGUGACCUUAGAUGGCCCGAUGUCUUCUUCGGGGAAAGGAACCACACUUUCAGGAUUGGGAAGUUCUUCCCAUCACCACCCCAAGCCCUUCCUGUUGCCCUGGACGCCCCAGUCCUAUUUCAGGGGAGGUGGCACGGUGUUGGCUGGCGUGGGCUGGGAAAGGUUGCAGUCCUCUGAGCGGGGGGUGCACACCUCCGCACGCCAGGGCUGGGGCUGCUGCCAUGCUUGUUCUGUUUGGCUUCGCAUGUUUGCGGCUGAGGCUUGGGCUUCCGGGCCUGGGCAGCUGCAGCUGCAGCGUCUCCCCGUGGCUGACUCAGGGCGUGACCGGCCUCCUACUCGGAAAUGUGGAGCUGGAGAGGCUGGGCAGCUGUGGGCUGCCCGGCCCUCCUUCUCUGGCCUGGGGUUUCUGUGACCUGGUGCUCCUGGUGCUGUUGGUGGGAAUAUACCCCUCAGGGGUUGUUGGACUGGUCCCUCACCUCGGGGACAAGGAGAAGAGAGAUAGUGCGUGUCCCCAGGGAAAAUAUAUCCACCCUCAGAAUAAUUCUGUUUGCUGUACCAAGUGCCACAAAGGAACCUACUUGUACAACGACUGUCCAGGCCCGGGGCAGGACACGGACUGCAGGGAGUGUGAGAGAGGCUCUUUCACCGCUUCAGAGAACCACCUCAGACACUGCCUCAGCUGCUCCAAAUGCCGAGAGGAAGUGGGCCAGGUGGAGAUAUCUCCUUGCACAGUGGACCGGGACACCGAGUGUGGCUGUGGGAAGAACCAGUACCGGCAUUAUUUUAAUGAAAACUUUUUCCAGUGUGUCAACUGCAGCCUCUGCCUCAAUGGCACCAUACUUAUCCCCUGCCAGGAGAAACAGAACACCGUGUGCGACUGCCAUGCCGGGUUCUUUCUAAGUGAAAACAAGUGUGUCUCCUGUAGUAACUGUAAGAAAGACCUAGACUGCACGAAGUUGUGCCUGCCCCCGACUGACAAUGUUAAGCGCCCUGAGGACCCAGGCACCACAGUGCUGUUGCCCCUGGUCAUCUUCUUUGGUCUUUGCCUUUUAUCCCUCCUCUUCAUUGGUUUAAUGUAUCGUUAUCAACGGUGGAAGCCCAAGCUCUACUCCAUUGUUUGUGGGAAAUCAACACCUAAAAAAGAGGGGGAGCUUGAAGGAACUACUUCUAAGCCCCUGGCCCCAACCCCAAGCUUCAGUCCCACUCCAGACGCAUCUCCAUCCCUGGGCUUCAGUCCCAUGCCCAAUUCCAUCUUCACCUCCAGCUCCAUCUAUACCCCUGGUGACUGUCCCAACUCCGCGGCUCCCCACAGAGAGGUGGCAUCACCCUACCAGGGUGCUGACCCCGUCUUGUCCCCAGCCCUCGACUCUGCCCUCAUCCCCACCCCGCUUCAGAAGUGGGAGGACAGCGCUCACAAGCCACAGAGCGUAGACACCGACGACCCCGCGACGCUGUAUGCCGUGGUGGACGGUGUGCCCCCGCUGCGCUGGAAGGAGUUCGUGCGGCGCCUAGGGCUGAGCGACCACGAGAUCGAGCGGCUGGAGCUGCAGAACGGGCGCUGCCUGCGAGAAGCGCACUACAGCAUGCUGGCGGCCUGGAGGCGGCGCACGCCGCGGCGCGAGGCCACGCUGGAGCUGCUGGGCCGCGUGCUCCGCGACAUGGACCUGCUGGGCUGCCUGGAGGACAUCGAGGAGGCGCUGUGCGGCCCCGCCACCCUCCCGCCCGCGCCUGAUCUUCUCAGAUGAGGCUGCGCCCCCGUGGACAGCUCGAAGGACGGUCGCUGCGAAACCCCCUUCUGGAGAGGAGGGGUGCUGGAGGAGCGGGCAGGAGCUGGCAGCCGCCUGCUUGGUGCUACCCUCUAGAUGUACAUGGCUUUUCUCAGCGGUCCGAGCGUCGCCGACAGUCAGCGCUGUGCGCUGCGUUCGUGCAGAGAGGUGUGCCUGCCGCGGGCCCAAGAGCCCGGGAGAGGCAGAGCGUGCCAAGAGCCUGAGUGGGUAGUUUCGGGGAUGAGGGGCGCUAUGCCUCAUGUCUGUUUUGGGUAUUCUCACCAGCAAGACUGCUCGGGGACCCCUGGUUUCUCUCUGAGCCUUUUUCAUACAUAAGCAGUCUUUUUUUUUUUUUUUUUAAAGCAAUCAUGUUACACUAAUAGAAACUUGGCGCUCUUGUGCCCUCUGCCUAGACAAGCACAGAGCAGGAUGAACUGUCCCAAGGCAGGGGUGAACACAGAACAAUGGGGCCUCCAGUCGGAGCUGUGGACUUCUGUAAAUGCACUAAAUCUCGGAAAUUAAAGCUCUGCUCUUGGAGAGAA